CCUGAACUAAAUAACAUCAAUAGAAUUCAAAAUCAAAUGAAUAACUACUGAAAAUUAUGCUUUUAUAGUAUUCAAUAGUACCUGUACUGCAGAAAUUUUAUAUGAAUAAGUGCUACCUACUAUUGUGCAAUGAUUCUACCACCAGCUUAGAUGCCAAGACCAUGGAAAUUAUGUAUCCGAUCCAAGAUGAUGCCAUUCAUCAUGCAGUUGCGACGUUUUGCUUCCUAUGGCAAUAGGCGGG